AUGGCGAGCGAACAGGACAAAAAUCAAAUCGAACAGCUACAGGAGGCCGAAAAGCUAGCGUUUGACCAUCCUGAAUUCUUUGAACAAGUUUUGGACACCACUAUAUCGAUUUGUCUGGCAACUCCCCUUAAUGACUUUAAACUACAAUUCCAGUGCCUCAACUUUAUUUACAAGGCGUUCCAUCAAAAGAAAAUCGAAUCCUCUAGUAUAAGAAUACAACAGUCAGCCAAACUGAUAGAUUUGCUAGACUAUUUUAUCAUCAGAAAUGAAGAAAAGUCGCCAAAUUACAUGAUUAUUCAAAAGUGUAUUGAUAUUCUGACUGCCUCCUAUGAUUUAAUAUUUCUGAACAUGAUCAAUAGCCCAGAUGAGAGCGAAUGGGAUCGUCUUACAAACAUCAAAGAAUAUCUAUUAUCACAGCUAACAUCAUCAUAUCCACUUCAACCAUACAACCCAGAGUCAGACUUGUUCAGAUCUAUUGGAUGUAAAAAUUCAAUAAUUAAACUGACGGGAAAAGUUAUCCAAGUACAGUUACCUUCUACAUCAUCUUCUGAGAAAAUUGAAGAUGACAUUUCUGUUUCUAUGAUAGGGAGCACGCACCCGUUUUUGCUGAAUGCCAAUUUGUCCUCACAAGCUCAAAAUCUGCUGGACAGUUUAUUUGUGUUGAUCAACGAAGAUAUAAUUCUUCCAACCGGUGUUUUCACCACAAUUAUGUCUACAUUAAUGACUCUCUUCAAAACAAGAUCCAAAUUUGUAUCCAACAAGUUUAUCAUGUUUGUUUUGGCAUAUGAGUCGCAGCUCAAAUUGGAUCCACGAUUCGAGAAGGAUCAGAAACUGAAAAUGAAGCUCAUAAAAAGAUUCAACGAUAGGAUCGACAAAUGUCUCAUUUCCUUUCUUCUCAACAAAGGAUUUUUAGCAAAAGAUCCAGGACUUAAGACCAGAUUUGAGAACAAGUUCAAUUAUCUGGUGGAAAAAUCAAGGAAACAAAGACAAGGUGGAAUAAUAGAUGUCGACAUAGACGACGAUGAUGAUGAAGUGAAAGAGAUCAAGAGACAGAAAUUGGAAGCAAUACAGCAAAAUGAUAUGAUGUUUUACAAUGAAUCCCGUAUUGCUCGUUCCAACGAUUAUAAAGCCAUAUAUACUUUGAUUAAACCUGAAGAUCAACUGACAGGUUUUGAAAUGUCAAGCAUUCCAGUCCAAAUUUUAAGUUCGAUGGUUAUUGCUGCAUUAAGCAAAGUUACUACCCCAAAAUUAAUCAAAGGGUUGAACAUUGUUUCCGAUAGGUAUAAAGAACUGACUUCAAAUACAGAUAGUGCGUUCGAAGGUGAAUAUUUACCGGCCGACAAGAACUUGAAAAGAAAGCGCGAGGAUAAUGACGAUGAUGACGGUCAAGCUCACAGCCGAGUCAAAUAUGAAGGUGAAAAUGGCGGAGGCAACGACGUUGAUGGAAUAAACGAUGAUGAUGAACUAAAGGGAGAAUUUGUGGUCCCUCUGCCUGAUGAGUUUUCGAUUUCAAGGAAAAAGGAUCAACUCAAACUGAUCAUUGAUAAUUUUAUCAAUCUUUCAGCGAAGAAGAUCAAACAAAGUAAAUCCAGUUCUGAUAAUGCCGGGCAACAGCAAAUGGCUUUACAAAGAGUGGCCAUUCCAAAUUGGGACAAGGAUUCGUGGAUCAAGCUCUUGUCAAGACUUGCGACACGUGGACUAGGUAAUAAAGACCUUUCCGAUUGUGUCAGAGAGACUCUUUUCAACUAUUUGAAAGACGAUGUCAAGAAUAGAAUUGAUGGAGUGAUCGAAUGGCUCAACGAGGAGUAUUUUUCUGAAAUUCAAGCAAAAUCCGAACCUAUUCCUUCACCGGAUGGGUAUUACAUGAAAUACGCAGGAUAUUUCUUGGAUAACCUAAUUCCGUUCUUAGAGUCUGCUGAUCGGAAAAUAUUCAUCAGACUUUUGAGCGAGCUUCCUUAUCUUCAAAAUACGCUGAUAUGGAAGAUCAAAUCGUUGUGCAAGGACCCAGUAAGAUCCAAACUUGGUUUCCAAUCAUUAUUGUACCUUAUCAUGUUUAGACCACCGGUGGUCAAAGACUGUUUAGAUCUCAUCAAGGAGAUGCACGAUGAUCCAAGUAGCGAUGAUGCGCUUCAGCAAGAGUGUUCAAACUACUUGAAGAAAUACAGUCCAAAAUGA